AUUUUCCCCAGCAUUGUGUGUUCAAAAUUGAACCCUACAGGACGUGUUAGUCGUAGGACAUACUGAUCUAGAAAAUGGCCAAAAGGGUGGAAAAGUUUGCCUAUCUAAUGGCCUACUGUCGAUACAUCAACAAGAUGUUAAAAAACGAUCCCGACUGCCGGCCUUAUCUCCCACUGGAUCCUUUCAACGAUGAUCUCUACAAAACAACUAAGAACGGUGUUGUACUUUGCAAGCUAGUCAAUAUCGCAUUUCCCCGGGCAAUCGAUGAGCGCGCUGUGCACAAGAAUACCAUCAUCUUCUACCCGAGUCAAAUGGUCGACAAUGUACUUCUUGCGUUGACCGCUGCACAGUGCAACGGAUGUCCUGUGUCUGAUUUUGUAGUGGAUGAUUUGACGAACAAUUCAGCACUAUCUCGAUGUAUCAUUCUCGAAGUCGUGUGGCAGAUUAUUAAAUGUGGUUUCUUCCGUCGAAUGAACUUACAUGAACAUCCUGAAUUGUGUAAACUAAAACAAACGGAGGAGGAUAUCCUUGAUGUGAAAUGCGUGCCCCCUGAGGAUUUGCUUAUGCGGUACGUAAACUUUCACCUAAAGUGGGCAGGGGUGGAUAAGCGAUUGAAUGAUAUCGGAAUCGAGUUGGCUGACUGUGUAAUCUACGCUCAUCUGCUACCUGCCAUAGCUCCUGUCACAAUUCGCGGUCGUCUUAUCCCACCCGGGCAAGUCUUAGUCGACGAAAAUAUUGCGAACCGCGCCAAAGCAGUUCUACAAAACUUACGUGAAAUGGAGGCAGACAUGUUUCUCUGUUUGAACGACUUCACUGAUAGCCAUAUUCACUUGCAAUCAAGAGCACGCUUGCAUUUGGCAACAAUUGCUUAUCUGUUCCUGCAAUUCCCCGGUGAAUUGACGAAUCCCCGUCGAAUGAAUGAGCAUCCGGAACAAGAAGAGGUUUCAGAAUUGAGUAGCCGCAACUUCGAAAACAGCUGUGCCGUAACACCUUUUGUUACACACAGCUGUGCUAGCCUACGCGAUGGGCUGAUAUCGAAGCAACUGUUUGAAGUGCUGCGAACUGGAUCAACCAAAGGUUUGAAAUUCAUCACAGAAUUUCAACAGAUUCGUAAAAUUGCUCAGUACAUUUAUAACAAUACAAAUGUCGUACGACUGGUGCAGGGUUACCCGCUACCGCUACCCCACCUUGAUUCAGAGAAGCUGUCUCGAACUGAUAAGCCAUGUUGUCUGAGCUUAUUGCUAGAGCUGUUGCGAAGCUACAUCGCCAAAGAUCACUACGAUGAAGAUGAACUUCUUCGCUGGACCAACGAACAGCUCUAUCGAGCCGGUCGUUCUGUGGAACUAAGAAGUUUCAAUGACCGCGCUAUUGUGGAGGAAAAUCUGUUCGCGGUAGUGUUGAACAACCUGACAAAUGGGAUGGCAGACAGCAGGCAUUUGACAUCGAAAAAAUUAGACAACGCGGCCUAUUCUAUUUCUGUUGCUCACAAAGCUGGCUACCCGGUCUAUACUAGACCGGAACAUUUUAUUUCAUGUAAUGGUGCAUUUGUUGCCUUGGCAUUCGCAACACUACGUUGGCAUCCACCAAGGCACUAA